CGCGGGCAACGUCAAAAGUGAGUGGUGGGGGUCUGGUUCGGUUCGGUCGUCCCGAAUGAACGAACGAAAGCGAAAGCCGAAGAAGGACGAAUCCACCAUCACGGAUCACGGAACAAGUUUCAUCGACUUAAGGAUGGCAGCUUUCGGUUCAGAACAACUGGCUCAGCUGAAAGCUUUCAUUGAAGUGUGCAAAGCGAAACCAUCUAUAUUGCACGCAGAUGAAUUCAAGUUUUUUAAGGAUUACAUUGAAUCGCUUGGCGGAAAAAUUCCUCUAUCCAGCACUAAAGCUGACCCUAAACCAACCGCAUUUACACCCAAACGUGAAGCCAAAGUGGAACCAGAGCCUCAACCUGAGCCAGAAGCUGAAAGUGAAGAGAGUGAUGUUGAGUUAGACAAUGAGGGUGUUAUUGAACCAGACACACUGGAUGAUACAGCUUUUCCAAAUGCAGAGAAGGAAGUCUCUGAGGAAGACAUAGACAAAUCAAGUGAAAAAGCAACUGAAGCUGUGCAGGCAUUCCAAUCAGGAGAAUUUGAAAAUGCCAUCAAAUUGUACUCUGAAUCGAUUUCUCUCAACCCUGGAAAGGCUAUACUCUAUGCUAAAAGGGGUCAAGCAUAUCUUAAACUUCAAAAACCCAAUGCCUGCAUUCGUGACUGCAGUCAAGCUUUGAAACUAAAUCCAGACAGUGCCCAAGCAUAUAAGUUCAAAGGACGAGCUCAUCGCCUGUUGGGUCAGUGGGAAGAAGCUGCCAAGGAUCUACGCUCUGCUGCCAAAAUUGACUUUGAUGACCAGGUUGAUGAAUGGCUGCGAGAAGUUACUCCAAAU